AUGUUUAUUUAUAUUAACCAAACAGAUCCGGAUGGUGCUUUAACUUGGCUAGUUAAUCAACUUUGGAAUGCCGAGAAAAGUGGAAAGGCAGUCUACAUUUUGUCACAUAUUCCUCCAGGCGAUGAAGAGUGUCUUGAAAGUUGGUCACGAAAUUAUUACAGAAUUGUUGUAAGAUUUGAACAAACAAUUAAAGGGCAAUUCUUUGGACACACUCAUUAUGAUAGUUUUUCCCUCUUUUUUACUGAUAUGAACAAUAGAGGCACUGCACCCCUCUCUGUAUUAUUUACUGCCCCAAGUGUUUCAACUUUCGAAGAGCUUAAUCCGGCAUAUAGAAUUUAUAGUGUAAAUCCAACAGAUUGGGAAAUAUUGGAUUAUGAGACUUAUUUUUUAAAUUUAUCAAACACAAAAACUUCCAAAGAAUCCCCAAAAUGGGAAUUUCUUUACUCUGCUAAAGAUGAGUAUAAUUUAAAAGAUUUGAGUGCUACAGAAUGGAAUGAAUUAAUUAAAAGAAUUGAAAGAGAUCCAGAAAUUACUAGAAAAUUUAAUAAGUAA